AUGGAAUGGUCAAAGAAGCAAUACAACCAGCAGUACGAGAACUGGUAUCCCUGGGUUGAAGACAAUGUUCUCUACUACUUCACCAAGGAUAACNAAGGCCUCAUACGCUACCAAAGGUACGUUUACUCGCUCUGCGACUCAACAGACCAUCAUGCUAACCUGUGUUCGACAGACCAGCUCAGCAAGACCAAGAUCACGGGCAACGAACAAGUCGACAACCUUCAGGACGGUGUGAACAACCUCGCAGCCGGCCAAGUCGGACAGGGUGGGCUUCUACAACCCGUUGGUGACAAGUUCUCAAAGGAGGGCAUCAACCGCGCCGAGAGAGGAGGCAAGGACGAUAGCGGUAGCUAUGCUGGCGCAAUGGGCUCCAGUGCUCAAGCUGGGGCCAGCAAAGUCAGCGAAGGCGCAAAGGGCGCAGGCAGCUAUGUGGGAAGCUUCUUUGGCGGCAAGAAGGAGGAGAAGAAGUGA